UUACAUCCGGGUCGUUGACGUCGGCACUCGGCAUUCCAUUGGUUGGUGUAACGGUCAACGGAAUGGACAACAUGUUACAAUUCAUGAAAUUAGUCGGACAGCUAAAACGCGUACCACGAACAGGAUGGGUGUACAGAAAUAUCAAACAGCCUGAGAGUGUGUCUGAUCAUAUGUAUAGAAUGUCAAUGAUGGCCUUAACAAUACAGGACAUCAGUGUCAAUAAAGAAAGAUGCAUGAAGCUGGCCUUAGUUCAUGACUUGGCUGAGUGUAUUGUGGGAGAUAUUGCUCCUGCAGACAAUGUUAGCAAAACAGAGAAGCACAGAAGGGAAAAUGAGGCAAUGGUGCACAUCACAGGCCUGUUAGAUGAUGGCUUGCGGAAAGAGAUUUACAACUUAUGGGAGGAGUAUGAGGCUCAGUCCAGUCCAGAAGCCAAACUGGUGAAAGAGUUCGACCAGCUGGAGAUGAUAAUACAAGCUCAUGAAUAUGAAGAGUUGGAGGGGAAACCUGGAAGACUCCAGGAGUUCUUCACCUCCACUGAAGGCAGGUUCCAUCACCCAGAGGUGUUGAGUCUGGUGAAGAGUCUGAAUGAGGAAAGAGCUCGCCACAUCGCUGCCAAAGGAGAUAAUGCUACUGAGAAGACCACUGACACAAGCUCUCACACCCUAGCAACACCAUGAUCACCAUUCCUGUCAGGCAAUGAAGCUACCUCCACACGUCUGUGCACAAGAGUGUUUAUUUUGUCGAGAUAUUCUGUUUUAUUGUCUUAUUUCAUUGUACAGAAGCAUGGUUUGUGGUUGUGUGAUGUUCCUAUUUGUUUGAAUGUUCUGCAGGACAUGGUUUGUUUCCACGGUUGUAAUUUUAUUAAUAGAAAUCAACCUUUUUAUUAAAAUCAAAUGGGAAUAUGUGAAACUGUGUUUUUUAACCUCCAGAAGUUCUUUUCUUUUCUAUUGAUCAGUAUUUUACUGCCUUCCUGUAUUACAUUCUUUAAUAAAAAGCAUAUUUUAUGA